CAGAAUGUUUGCUGCCCUGAAAAAAUCAGUUUAAGUUUGCCUCUUCUCUUUCUUGUGUUUCCUCCCAAAUUGUUUCUCUGUUACUAGGGAGGGGAAAUGCCCCAGGAAGCCCCUCAACAAUCUUCUGAACAUGAUGAACAAAAGGCAGAAGAAGGUUAUUUGGAGAAAACCAGUGAUUAUUACCGAGUGAGCCAAAAUUUGCCGGCCAGGUUCAAUAACCCUGGGUGGUUUCGGGGUUACAGGAUUAAGGAAACUCAUCCAGUAUAUAGGACAUCUAACCAAACCUAUGGUAGCAGAGCACCUACUGUACAUGAAAUGCCUAAAAGCUUUCAUACUAAAUCGCAUACCUUUUCUAAACAUUAUGAAAAAUGUGGAAUGUACAGAAACAAUGGUUUUAAUGUCUACACUGACAAGAGCAUUGUGACAGGCCCUGAUAAUUUCAUCACGUAUUAUGAUCGAUUGAACUUCCAUCCCAGUUACAAUGUUAAUAAACCAUCAAUCUGUGAUUAAUGAGCACCUCCCCCCUCGCAAUGGUAAUCCUGUUUCUAGAUUGCUGUAUUCUGAAUAAUCAGUGUAAUUAGUUCCUGUUAAAAUAAUUGUUUUUUUUUUAAAGUAUGAUUAUACUGAACUUUCCUAAAAACUUCUGCAUAUUUCUGAGGCAGUAAAAUGUACAAAGCACCAUGA